AUUCAGUUCAGAAGGAAACCUACAGAUGUAUAUCGUGCUUGUCAUAAGUACUUGAGAACUAAGCAAAGACUACACUUGAAGAUUCAAGACUACACUUGAAGAAGAUUCAAGACUACACUUGAAUAAGAUUCAUAUCUACACCUGACUGUAGAUUUUAGUUUCUUUCUACACCUGAAGAUUCAAGAUGCUUGGAUUAUAUGACAAGUUGAACCUGCUGGCAGCGGUGUCGUUGUCCCUCCUGACCUCUCUGGCCCUGUCUUCCCCUGUGGUGGGCCCGGAGCCUAUCCGCUGUGCCCCCUGUACCCAGGAGAAGCUGGAUGAAUGCCCGGCCAUCUCCCCAGACUGUAAGCAGGUUCUAAGGGAGCCGGGCUGCGGCUGCUGCUUGGCAUGUGCCCUGGAGAAGGGGGCCUCCUGUGGGGUAUACACAGCCCACUGUGCUGAGGGGUUAAAAUGCAGCCCUAGACCUGGGGAUCCCAGACCCCUCCACUCCCUCACCAGAGGACAGGCCAUCUGCACUGAGGACCAGGGUCAAGGUAGACUCAGCUUUCUGUCCUUACGUUUUUGUUUUUCAUUCAUUGAUUCCUUCAUUCAGUUAUUACUUACUUAUAAAGAUGUUGGACAAUCUACAAAUUAAACCUUUUUUGACAACAUAAUCAAAAAGAUAGAAUGUAAACUUAUGCAAAACAUGGUAUACUUACCCACUAAAUUCUCUCUCUAAUCCACAGAGGAAGUAGAGAGGGUGCCAGACCUCAGCUCCCUGCCCUACCUCCUGGGACUCAACACCCCCUUUGACACCAGCGAUGAUGGGGCUCAGGAGAGCAUCAAGGCCAAGGUCAAUGCCAUCCGCAAGAAACUGGUAGAACAGGUAUACACAGUAUUCAAUCUGAAGCAGGGGAGCCACUUUGGUUAAGAAGUGGGGGGUGACAUAACCUGGUGGGGGGUCUGGGGGUCCUCCCCUAUAUUUUUUGGGGGGUAUCUAAAGCUCAUUUCCUGCAUUUUUACACAAUUCAAUAUGCCAUCUCUAUUCAGAACAAAAAAUAAGCAAACAUGCCCACAUUCAUCAAGCUAGGUAAGAGAUCAUUAUGAAAUAUGAUUAAGUGAUUAAUAAGACUAGACUACUUUUGAUUGUCUUUAUUAAGACAUCCUCUAUAUCAAAUUUCAGCCAGACCGACCAGCCAGCCAAAGCCGCCUGCACGCCCCCCCCCCCCCCCCCCCCCCCCCCCCCCCCCAGUAACCAGUAACUCAACUCUCUCCCAACACAAUUCCCUUCCCAGUUCACACCUUUCAUUUUAUAUUAAUUCCCAAGGGAAAGGUUUGGAAACGAAAAAAGAAAAAAAACAUACUCCUCAAAUAUACAUUAACACACAGAAACAGCAAAUCCUCCAUAUAAUUAAUCUAAUAGGACUAAUAGUACUGUAGAGGUCUUUUUACUUGCACACAAUAUAGCUUGGUUGCCCCGUCCUGUCCCUAGGGGUCCACCACCCUGCAGCGCCCCAACACACCCCACUCAGCUUUAGGAUCUUAGUGAAACAUUCAUUAUUGGGUGUGUAAGUCCAGAGUGACAACCCACAGGACGGCAGACCCCAGGGCUAGGACUGAGCAGCCCAGCAGCUAGGGAUUGCCUAAAUUGGUAUCUCCCCUGACGUGGGCAUGUUUUCAAUACAGACUCCUUUACUUGGGAGGCUAAGACACUGCAUCGCAGUGCUAAAGGCCGUUACUACAGAUCCGGGUUCGAUCCCGGGCUGUGUUGCAGCCGACCGCAACCGAGAGACCCAUGAGGCGGCGCACAAUUGGCCCAGCAUCGUCCGGGUUAGGGGAGGGUUUGGCCGGCUGGGAUGUCCUUGUCCCAUCGCGCUCUAGCGAGUUGCAGCGAUGGAACAAGACUGUAACUACCAAUUGGAUACCACGGAAAAGGGGUUAAAAAAAAAGUAGGCUAUAGAAAUUGCUCAAGAGAAAGUGCAAGUCUCUUCAAACUACAUCUAGCGUAUUGGCUGAUAUAGCCCAGUAAUACAAUAUAAGGGCCAUAUGAGAAUCUCUGGUAAUUUAACCUAUUUCUGAAGUUAUUUUUGGGCAUUUGAUAUUGCCUAUAGGGUGCAAAAUUGCUGGGACCAUGGCUGGCAAGUGAGCUGCGUCACAUAUGCCUAAAAUAACAUUGCGGGACUGUGGUUGGGUUUGGGACCUGUUCUUGCGUUAGCGGGUGGGAGUCGGACAGAAAGCCAGCAGGUGCGGGAGUGGGAUGAAGAAAUCGGUCCCACGCAGCCCUCUACUGUGCACCAUGACAGUGAAGCACGUAACGUUAGAGCUGUUUAUAACUGUGUCAGUGUGAAAAGUAGGGAAUUAGCUUGGGAAACUAACAUUACAUUGCCAUACUGACUAAUACAAGUCACAUUGCACUGAAAAAAACAUCAGAAUAUCAAUAUUCAAUCGUUUGGCCGACGGUUUCAUUGUUUGAUUCUAAUGUCGCUAUCUGACAGAUAACUGGAGGCUAGAGCUGACCUGGCUGUGGUAGCUAGCAUAGCUUAUUCAUUCACCUCAGUCGAGAGCGGAUGAAACAUUAGCUAAUGUUACAUGUCAGUUACAAUACUAGCUCAGCACUGCAAAUAAACAUUAGUUUACUUUUUUUCUGUUAAGUUAAACAGCAGUUACCUUGCCAGCUACAUCAAUCAACUAAAUAGUAUCCAGUUCUGAUCGGCUUGCUUUUACAACUAGGUGAAAGAGCGCAACACAUAUACACUGAACUAUGCUCAACUCUCCCAUGCUGGUCCAGCCAGCCUUACAGAAGCUUUGCCUUCACACAGCCUGUCAGCCCGCUCUGGGGUGUCCACGGGGUCCUAAAUCCAGCAGGCUGAACACUCCAAACAGCCUACCCGACCGCUCGAAGGCGUCCAUAUGGUCCUAAAGCACACUGUUGGCGCAUUUUGUAUCACAUUCCAAUGAUAAAACUGGGGAGGACAAAAAUCCAAUUUCAAAAUGUGGGGGGUGGGGGGGACAUGACCCCCCCCAGUCCCCAGUGAAAGUUGCGCCCCUGAUCUGACGUACUGUCAGAGUUCGGUAGGUCUUCAGACUGUAAUGGUGAAACAGGUGGGCACAACAUACAUCUGGGGCCUUAUGUAUCAAACUUCUCAGAGUAGGAGCGCUGAUCUAGGAUCAGUUCUCCCCUCUGCAUGUAAUCUUAUUCAUUGUGAUCUAAAAGGCUAAACUCCCUUACAAAAAAAUAUUGGAGUUUUGAAACAGCAGUAAAAGUGCAGCAACUGCAGUCGACUGUGGUGUUUUGGACGUAGUAAUUGCAGAAUAACUGCAGUGUACUGCAAUUGAACUGCAGUUAAACUGCACUGUUACUGUAGUAAAAAAAACGGUGGUGAAUUGAAUGCAGUAUUUGCAGCAUACUGCAGUUAUUCUGCACUCUAACUGCAAUUUAGCUCUUAGCCACCAGAGGAAGCUGUAGCCAUUUUAACAAAAACUACCAAGCCAGCCUCAGUGAGAAAAUGUUAUUGCCUUGUGAUGAAAUUUGCUUUGCAUUUUACCACAUGAUGAUUUAAUCUGUUUCAGUCAGAUAUAACAACUUAUUUCAUCAUGUAUUCUGUGUCCAUCUUGCUGUGUUGUAUUGUAUCAGAUGUUGACUGUUCUCUUUGUCUUAUAUCCAGGGUCCCUGCCACAUUGAGCUGCAUGCAGCCCUGGACAGGAUAGCCAGCUCUCAGCAGGAACUAGGAGAGAAGUUCACCACCUUCUACCUCCCCAACUGUGACAAAAAUGGCUUCUACAAGGCCAAGCAGGUUAGGCCUACCUCCAGAGCUGCCCCAAUACAGAGGGGUAGGUGUGUUUAGCAAUAGCAUUAGCUCAUUAGUGGUUGAUAGUAGGACCAGGGAUUUUUCUUGUGAUCUGACCAGGAAAACAUUUAUCAAUGCAGUGAAGUUGAUCCAUGUAAUUUAAUAUAUUUUCCCCUCUUCUGUUGUGUUCUAGUGUGAGUCGUCUCUGGUGGGACCCCCUGCCAGCUGUUGGUGUGUGUCCUCCUGGAAUGGGAAGAAGAUUCUGGGAUCCAAUUAUCUACUAGGAGGCUCAGAGUGCCAGCAGGAACUCACUCACUAAAGCAUGGACGCUCUGACACACAUUUACAGUAUGCACAUUCACAGGCAAAUGCAUGCACACGUAUUGACACAUAUACAGAGUAUUUUUUUACUCAGCUUAAACAUGACUAAACACACAUAGGUCUCCUCAAACCUACACACAUCCACAUCCACCAUAUAUACUGACUUUCUUUUACAAACACGUACAAAUACAUACUCAUUCACAUAAGCACACAACAUAACAAUUUAUUUAAAAAAAAAAUAGAAAUUGCUCUUAAUUUAUUUACGUGACGUAUCACGCCUUAUUUAUUCAAAAUGCAUAUGUGCUUACUAGUAUGAACCAUUUGUAAUUUUUAGAUUAUUUAUGUCUCCUAUUUUUUGAUUGUAAAUAGGGCAACAGUGUAUACAUUUGUGUUUCUGACUAAAUAACUCCAUCUUUGAAGACCUCAGGUCUCCAGCUCUGCCAAACCCAGUUCAGGGUCUUCAGAAUCUGUUUUUGAUUCAUUCAACCGGGUGGACCCGGGCACUGUAAAUGAAACAACACAGCCAUUCAUUCAUUCAUUCAUUCAACAUGUUGACAGUGUCGGAAUGUAUUCUCAUUGACAUUUCUUCAAUGGGUAUCGGGGAAAUACUUCAAGUUCCACAAGUAUGCAUCUGGUGGCCAGGCACAAACAUAUCACUGCUCAUCCAAGCCACUGUUUGGUUUUGGGGGAGUUUUUCUGUCUUCAUCUACCUCUACUGGUCUGUGCAGGUCUUCUGGUUUAGCAGAGGUUUAUUGGGAAACUUCUUUCUCCCAACUGUCUGCACGUGCACCACCCUCCUCAUUAAGUUCAUUGUUUCAUUUGUCUGAAAGGAGGUUCUCUUUUGUUUGAUGAAAUGUCUGUAUUUAUUAUAUAUCAAACCCCUGUUCCUGACAGCAAGUCAGAAAUAUGUUACGAGAUAUGCUGCUAUUACUUUUUGUUGGUUUGUUACAAAUCAUUUAUAGCCUAUGUUAGUUACUCUGUCGUAGUUUUCUGCUUUCAAUAAACACGUUAACCUCAA